AUGAAGGCCUUUGUAGUUGAGGCUUGGGGUGGACAAAAUCCAAUCUACAAACAACCUGUAAAUGUUGUCUAUCGUAAACAAUUACGAAUAGGUGGGUCGGAUACAGUUACGCUGGAAGGAGCAUGGCAGAAAUGUUAUUUCAAAAUAGUGGAAAUGUUAGAUCUUGCAGUUCAACUUCCUGUUUACAUUGCACGUUCCGCUUCUUUACAACCGGCUCCUAAAGCCGAUGUAGAUUUGAAUCCCUUAAGAUUAAUUAUAAUAAUGAGAAAAAAGUAUCAACCUACAAUACUUGAUAAUACGUUUGAAGUAUCAUCAUCCAUAACGAACGAAACAUACGAUCAUGUUACUAAAGAUCGCCCACAACUAACUAAAGCAAUUGAGAUUAUUGAUAAUAAAAAUUCAGAGUUUUUUCAAAUUCCCGGACUUGAACAAGAAAAACCUAAAACACUGCCUGUAAAUAAUCUUAAUACAAGUCAUUAUUUAAAUGGGAUUUUCUUGGAUCGGAUUGG